AUGCCACCUCGCAAAUCCACGUCCUCAGUGACGCCCGCUGAUCCAGAUGACUCACUACUCCAGCAAUCACCUUCAGCACCACACACCGACAAGCCCGUCUUUGCGACGGAGCAGCAGUUGAAGGCUCGGGCCGAGGCGGGCGCAAGUGUCGAGGACUAUCUCCUACCACGCUCACUGACGAUUCGUCUCGCGAAGUCGGUUCUCCCGCCGAAUACGACAAUCCAGAAGGACGCUGUGCUGGCCAUGCAAAAGGCUGCUACGGUGUUUGUUUCCUAUCUUUCUUCACAUGCCAAUGAUGCGACUCUCAAACGAACAAUCGCCCCAGCAGACGUCUUCAACGCUCUCUCCGAGCUAGAACUCGACUCCUUCCGCGGCAGACUCGAACGGGAACUAGAGGCAUACACGGAAAUCAAAGCUGGGAAGCGCAAGCCGAAGAAGGUUGAUGCGAAUGGCUCGACGCAGGAUGCGUCAGGCGAGGGCCCGACUCAGGGUGAUGGUGAUGCCGAGAUGCUUGAUAAUCCCGCGAAGAGAGUGAAGCGGGAUGGAGAUGUGGAGGUGGCUGUUGAUGCGCCUGCUGGGGAUGAUGGGGGAGAAACUCAAGAGGAGGACGUCGAAGAGGAAGAGGAAGAAGAGGAUGAGAGUGAAGAUGAUGAAGAGGAGGAACAUGCGCCCCGUGAGGAUGACCUUGAGCAUGUGGAGGACUUGGACCGUGAGCCUGGUGCGAGGAGAGGACCGUUUGAUCCGGAUGCUGAGGAGACGGAUGAAGAUGAGGAUGGGCCUGGUAGUCAGUUGCGGGAUAAUCUUGGGUUGGGCUAA